AUGGCAGGCAAGACGGUACGUGCGCUGCACCUGGAGGGCGGCCAGCUCUUUGAGGCCGGGUGUUUCGCUGAGGCCGCGCGGGUGUUCCGCGGCGCCGUGGAUCGCUUCCAGGCUGAUCAGCUCUCGACAAAGCUCGCCGUGGAGGAGUUCGUCAAGGUUGCCGGCAACUUGUGCGUUUGUUACCACUCAGCGGGUGACUGGCACGAGUGCGUCAAGGCAGCUCGCGAGCUACUCGCCAUCUACCCGAUUAUCCCCAAGGCGUACGCCGCGAUAGGAAUGUGCAUUGUGAGUCGGUUGCUAGAGCAGGAGGCAGAGCAGCAGGCAGCGGACGCGCAAAGCAGCUCGAGGAUGCCGCCGCGGUCAGGCGAGGAGGUGCGCCGUGAUGCACGGCGGUACUUUGUGAAGCUGAGCGAUGUGGUGUGUACAGCUGACGACGCUCACAAGUACCUGUGCCGCGCGAUUCUCUUGUCUGAAGGGGCGCUGCAGGUGUCUGUGGGCCCCUACGUGGAGAUAGCUGUGCGGUGGGUGAGCGAGCAGCUGCUGUCGGCUGCUCUCUCUUUAGAGCGUGAGUAUGGCGACCAGGUAAUCGGUGAGCUGAGCGUGCUGGAGGAGAGCGCUUGCGAUGCGCCGCCGCUACUGGAUUUAGCACCGGUGCAAAUUGAGCGUCACUCCAUUGGUGUCGUAGGCGCCACUGACAUGAGCAGCGCCGGCGCUGAUGUCACUGUACCUGAGGGCCACCUCGUCGAGGGACUUCCUGAGACUGAGGCGGGGUUGAUUCUGCACGCCAUUCAGGAAGGCCAGCGUGCCGCAUGGGGCGAGGCGGCUGAUUUGCCAUCGCCUGACUUGUCGUCGCUUGUUGCGGAGAACGAUGCUGCCGGCAAGUCCACCACCUCGAACCACAGCAGCAGCAUCAUUGGUAACACGAGCAGCAGCGGCAGCCAUGCCCCGGUGACACCGCCGCUGGAGUACUUUCUGUCACGGCAGCACACACGCGUGCGUGUGUGUCACGCCGAGAGGGGUGGAAUUCCUCGCGGCCUCACCCUUGCCCGCGCAUCGGAGCCGUUUGCUGUCGGUCAGCACAUACUACCCGUACCGCCAGCGGACCUCCCAGCUGUGGCUAUUCGUGGAGCGCCGUCAGCAGCGCGAGCGGCGCCGCUGCUGUUCUCUACCCAAGAAGAGCUAGUAUCUCUGCAUGUCGACCCCGCUAGCCUUUCUAACGCGGAGAGCGCCUUGUCGUUGACUGCCCUGUCGUCUUCGCUCGCGCAGACCGGCGGCGGCGGCGCUGGACUCUCGAUGGGGGGUCUGGCCACUGCGGAAUUGCCGCCGCUUCUCACGUGCAACGCGUGUGGCAGAGAGCUGAACCCAGUGCACCUUUCUGAUGCCUCGCCCACUGGUUGCCCCACGUGCCACGGCGUCGUGUACUGCAGUGCGGCGUGCGCGGUGGCUUACCGAGAUCGCCAUGACCGACACGAGUGCGCACUUCGUCUGGCGCUGCAGCGGCGUGCAGCGGCGCUGGCUGCUAUGCAGCCAUCCACCGACGCCGAGACCCUGCUGCCCUUCGGCGACGUUCUCGCCGGCGGCGGGUGGAACGUGCUAGACCUGCAUCGCCGCGUUCUGCCGCUCUGCAUCACGGUAUACAGCGGUCUACGGAGCAACGCGCCUAGCGCGGCGGAGGUGCGGGCGCAGGUUCAGCGUGGGGUGCAGCGGCGCCUUCGUCAUGCGCUGCCGGUUGAGGUUGCCGAUACUCUUGCCGUGUGGGUGAACGUGCUGGAGUCUACCGUGGCGGCACCAGCGUCGACGACUGGUACCACAUGGUCAGUCCCGCUGCUGCAAGACGGGGAGAACGAGCGAUGCGGUGACCAACGGCAUAACGACCUCGCUGAUGCAGCCACGACCACCUCUUGUGCUGCCGCUGCCGAGGAGCCGUGCCUCGCGGACCAUCUCCUCGCAAUUUUCUUCAUGGUGCGACUCCUUGCUGUCAACCACGCUGAGAGCCGCUGCAGCACCUUCUACAUGGAGCGGCUCCUUUUCCGGCACUCCUGCGAGCCAAAUUGCAUUUGGUCCGACACACUACGCGGCAUCCUCACAGCCCGCUUCAUCUGCAAGGGCGAGGAGCUGACCAUGGCACUCGACGACUGCUUCCCGCAGCACUGGCCGUGGCAAAUUCGGCAGAAGUGGUUCGUGCAUCAUCAUGGGGUACCUUGCCAGUGCGCCCGGUGCCUGCGCGAAGGGGCCAACCUGAACCACGGGCGUGGCAUGCUCUCGAAUGAAGUGAUUGAGCAGCUCCUGACGGCGGACGUCAUGGGCCAUCCGUGCCCGACACCGGCGCACAAAAACCCCACGCAGCUCUUUCACCUCCAGCUUCAAAAACUGGUCGAGGAGAGUAAGUCCCCACAGCAGCGCAAUGUGCCUGCGCUGCUGUGCCGCCUUGAUGAGAUGCGCGCCGAGGUGGGCAAGUACGUGUUGUCGUCGCAUUAUCUGCUCGAGGACAUUCGGCUCGCCAUGCUGAACGUGGCAGAGACGGAGGGUCACCUUGCCGGGUGCGUCCUCGAAGCACAGCGCAGCCUCCUGUUCUGGGAGUCGCACUGGACGGGCGCAAUUCCUGCGAAGUCGCAGCGGCUGCGGCUGCUUCCAAGCGUCUUUGACUGCGGCCGUCGGCGCAGACUUCAUGUGCACCAGCAGCGCCGCCGUCCGCGCCACGUAGGACCACCAGUGGCCACUGCAGCUACCUCUGCCGAGCAGCCGCACGAUGGCUCAUCAGAGCAGAGAGAGGGUCCCUCGCCGCCGCUGCCGGUCCCAACGCCUGCGGAGGUGCAGCACGGCAGUAGCGGCGCUGACUUUCCCGCCGCACUUUCUUUCCGCGUGGGAGGGGCGGGUUAUGGCGAUCACGAGGCGAGCAAGGCUAGGGGUGCAUCCGAUGCUGCCACCACCGCCGCUGCGGCACUACGCAUGCCGGCGCCUCUCAUUGCCACGAAGGACUUUUCCUCUGGCCGCAACAUCAUCGAUCUUUUCUACGGUUCCUACCAGACGUGGUACAUGUGA